CCAAAAGCUACCAGGAGACGUAGAUAACUCACUUGCCAUACACCCCUAUAUUCAUGACGUGUAAUGUAAACCCCCACCCAUUUUCUCUUUGGUUUUCCUUUCUUCCCACACCCAAACACAAACCCCAGCAAGCCUCCAUAAAACCCCACACAGCCCCUCAACAACUCCAGCCUCAAAAUGAAGAGAACCCAUUUCUCAUUCAUGGAAGAAAAUCCCAACAAUAUGAUCAACAUGGGCAGCCAACAGAUUCCUGCUUUUUCCGGGAAAAGAACCAAACACCACGACCCUAACAAUCUUGUGGGAUUUCAAAGCAUGCAGCAGCCUGAGGAAUUGCAUGGUGAUGGUGCUGAUCAUCAGGUGCAGUCGGGACGUGAGAGGCUGAAAAGGCACCAAGAGGAGGUGGCUGGCCGCGUGACUAUCCCCGAUUCAUGGGAUCAGGAGGAGCUGCUCAAGGAUUGGAUCGAUUAUUCUCCGUUUGAUGCGCUGUUGGUUCCAAAAGGACUCACUUCAGCUCGUGAGGCACUUGCCAUGGAGGGACGUCGAGCAAGUAGUUCUCAAGGAGUGCUGAGAAUAGAGAGUAGGUGUUGAAAAAGAACUUCAAAUUUUUUGGCAUUUUAUUUUAUAAUUUAGACAGUAAAUCAGAAUAAUCAUUUUCUUUAAUUCUAAGUUUGUGUAAUAAAAGGAAUGUCUCUAGCUAUGAUAUAUAUAUAUAUAUAUAUAUAUAUCUUUCCCAGUACAAGGUAGCUAUAACAUAUGUGUAUGAAUAAAGAAAAGCAAAGAUGUGCAUGGAAUUCUGGAAUAUAUAGUACUGUUUUUUUUGGGGGAAAUUGAAAUACUCAAAAUAAAUACUUUCUUACU